CUUAAUGUAACAGAAAAGGUCAUCCUGUCGUCUCCCUUCCAGCACUAGGCUCGCCUCGACGAUUCACCGUCAAAGUCAGUCCACGUAAUCUUAUUAUCAUUAUCAUUAACGGUCCAGAUGCAAAGGUAACCUCAAAACAGCAGCUGGACAUUGGCUUGAGAACGGGCAAUCGACAGACAAAUCAACUCUUUCCAGUCUCCUCCCCAUCAAAAGAAAAGAAAACUCCCAAAAACUCAUCACUCCCACUCUCUUUCCCUUCUCAAUCAUAAUAUCUUCUUUGUUUUUUCGAAAACACAAGAGAUUAAAAUCUUCUUUCAACUAACAAUUGAACCCAAUUUCGUUUUUUUUUUUUUUCAAAAAAAAGUUAUGGUGUAUAUAAAGAAAUGAUCGAGUAAUUAUUUGUAAAAAAAAUAAGAUGAGUAGUGUGAGCAGGCCAACGGUGCAUCCAGUGGAGGCCCCACCAUUGACCGAUGGCCCACAGAAUGCGUUGAUCAGAGUGAGAAUGAAGGACGUUCAAGGGAUGCCUGGAACCCGUGGUAGCCUCUCUCUGAGACUAACCCAGUUCGUGUUUGGUCUUGUUUCUAUCUGUGUCAUGGCCACCACCUCUGAUUUCCGUUCUGUCACUGCCUUUCGUUACCUUGUUAGUGCUGUCAGUGUGCAAAUCCUAUGGAGUCUGUCCAUGGCUGUUGUUGAUAUUUAUGCCCUUUUGGUGAGACGGAGCUUGCGAAAACAAAUCAUUUUUCGUCUGUUUACCAUUGGAGAUGGGAUCAUAUCCACCCUUACGUUUGCUGCUGCAUGUGCAUCUGCUGGCAUCACAGUUCUCAUUGACAAUGAUCUUGAUAAAUGUUCUGUGAACCACUGUGCUAGAUUUCAAACUGCUACUGCUAUGGCUUAUAUCAGCUGUUUUGCCAUGAUGCCGUCCUUUCUCUUGAACUUCUGGUCCCUGGCUUCCCAAUAAGAAAUUUGUAAGUAGAGUCUAGAGUAACAGAGUUCUUCUGUUGCACUCUUUUUCUUGUAUGAUGCUCCAGAGAUUUCGAUUCCAACUUGUACAUGGAUAAAUUUUCCUAUAGCUGCUCGAGAUGGUUUCAAUUUUUCAAACAUUACAACAUAAUUCUUAUAUUGUGGAAAUAUAUUAGCUGGAAAUUUCUGACAA